CCCGGUGGCCGGUACACACCUGGUAUAUAAACCACGGAGUCGGCUACUGGAGACACAGCUACCGGUCAGUUCAGCCGCCAAACAACAACCAACAACCAGCCAUGAUCAAGUUUGUUCUGAUCGCCAUGUGCGUUGCUGUGGCCGCUGCCAGCGGCUAUGGCGCUGCUCAGAGCCACACCCACGUUGAGACUUACAACGGAUAUGGCUAUGGAGGCAGCACUUAUGGCCAGACUGUGGCGCAUCCCAACACCUACAGCUACGGCGGCUACGGCGGCUACGGCCGCGGCUACGGCGGCUACGGCUACGGCGGUGGUCUGGCCAAGGUGUACGACCGUACUGUGAGCCGUGGCCUUGGACACGGCAUUGCCUACGGCGCCCUCGGCUACGGCGGCUACGGGCACGGCGGCUACGGGCACGGCGGAGCCCGCACCAUCGGCCUCGGACUGGCCCUCCAUUAAACCGGACCGUUUAACCGGACCGUUUAACCGGACCGUUUAACCGGACCGUUUAACCGGACCGUUUAACCGGACCCGAAUACAGCGAGUGAUCGUGCUGUUGCGAGUGCGCUCGGCAUUUGUGUAACGCGAUGUCGAACCACUGUGCUAUGACAUUAUGGUUAAUGAACUGUUAUUUAUUGAGCGAUAUGUGACGUAAAUAAAAAUGCAAAAUGCGAAA